CCUCUCUCUUGUGGAGAACUGUUAAAAAGAAUUCAUAGCAAAGAAAUAUUCCCCUAUCGGAAACCCUAAGCAAUCAAAUAAGAUCGAAAGAUGCUAAGAGUUGCAGGGAAGAGAUUCUCAUCUAUCUCGUGGCGAUCAUCCGCCGCUCUCUCUCAAAACCAUGCGGCUGCCACUACCGCCUCCGCCGCUUCUGAACGGCCUUCCGUUUCCAGAUCCGUUCCUUCUCUUUCUCCCUUCUCUUUCAAUUCUCAGCUUCCAAAUUUAAUCAGAGGUUUUUCUUCAGAUGCCCUCAGCCAAGGACACGAUAUGGGAAUGAUCUCAGAUGUCCCUGCUACUGUGGCAGCUGUGAAGAACCCUACUUCGAAAAUUGUCUACGACGAGUAUAAUCACGAGCGGUUUCCACCUGGUGAUCCCAGCAAGCGUGCUUUUGCUUAUUUCGUCUUGUCUGGUGGCAGGUUUGUUUAUGCCUCUUUAAUCCGCCUUCUGAUCCUCAAGUUUGUUCUAAGCAUGUCUGCCAGCAAAGACGUUCUUGCACUCGCUUCCCUUGAGGUUGACCUUUCUAGCAUAGAGCCAGGGAGCACUGUUACCGUCAAGUGGAGAGGGAAGCCUGUUUUUAUCAGACGUAGAACCGAAGAGGACAUCAAGACGGCUAACAGCGUUGACCUUGCAUCACUUCGUGACCCCCAGGAAGAUGCAGUCAGGGUUAAGAAUCCAGAAUGGCUCAUUGUUGUCGGUGUUUGCACCCAUUUGGGUUGCAUCCCCCUGCCAAAUGCCGGUGACUAUGGUGGCUGGUUCUGUCCAUGCCAUGGCUCACAUUAUGACGUGUCUGGUAGGAUCCGCAAGGGACCAGCACCGUACAAUCUAGAGGUACCCACAUACAGCUUCAUGGACGAGAACAAGCUGCUAAUCGGGUGAGAAUUUAUGCGGAAAUUAUUAUUAUCUUUUUUUUUUUUUUUUUGGUGUUGCGUUAGUCUUGCUGCAAAUUGUCAUAAUAGAAUUUUCUCUGCACAAGAGGGCUGCAUUCAAUUUAUAUUCAGUUUACUCCGGAUUUUUGUAUUUGCUGCCUGUUUUAAGGUAUUGCCCCAAGGUUCUGAAUAAUGAAAACAAGAUUUGUUGAGCA